CGUAUCUUCUAUAAUCUUGCAUAGUCCGCACGAGCUGGUGAGAUGCGCAUACAAGAUCUUCUCAUCCACGGGAUGAACUUCGCGUCCUCUCCGAGCAUCAUUCGCAUAGUACCACUACCAAGCAUCAUUUACCGCGCUUUUACGACUCUCGCCAUGUCUGCUCCUCUCGUACCUGUCAGUAUUUCUACAGCUGUGGAACAACGUCGCUCGAAACGUGCUUUGGAAGCCAAAUCACCGGUUCCAGACAAGGUCAUUGUCGAACUGGCAGAGCAUGCAAUCUUGCAUGUUCCUUCAGCAUUCAACAAUCAAGCUGCUCGCGUGACGGUCUUGUUUGGCGAGAAUCACAAGAAGCUGUGGGCCAUCACAGGCAAAACAUUGUUGAACAAGAUUGGAGAGGAACGCUACAAAGAUGGCACCGAGCAGAAGAUGACAGCGUUCGCUAAUGGCUACGGUACCAUCCUCUUUUGGGAUGAUGCUUGUGUCGCCAAAGCUUUGAACGAGCAUGCCCCGAACAUGUACAAAGACAAGACUGACGAGUGGGUUCAGCAAAGUCAGGGCAUGCAUCAGUACUACCUCUGGACAGCCCUGGACGCACUAGGGUUGGGCGCGAGCCUUCAGCAUUAUAAUCCGCUGAUCGAUGAGGAGGUGCAGAAGACGUGGAACAUUUCUUCAGAUUGGAAGCUCAAGGCGCAAAUGGUUUUCGGUACGCCGAAGGAGGGCAGCAAAUUGCCCGCAAAGGAGCAGAAAGUGCCGCUGGAACAGAGAGUGCAGGCUUUUGGCGCGAAAAUUUGAGACCCCGCAAGUAUCGGUCUGUAGAGUUCAUGAAUCUCAAGAUGUCAUUGAAAAUUGACCCAAGAUAUGAAAACAUGGGUACAUUCGGACGUUAAGAUCAGCGGUCGAAGGUAUUGGUGUAGCGUGGCAGUAUAUGCACGAAAUUUGAAUACACUCGGAAUUUGCUUCUUGCACUGAUUUCCCAUAGUGCUUGUUGAUCCGCGCUUGCGUUGAGGCAGCAAAGCAGUCUGGUGUACACUACAAUUCACAUGCAGGUGACCAUUGUCAUGAUCCCGACAAUGAACAAAUCAAAGAUGAAUGUGUCUC